AUGGAUCCUCAACCCUAUGAACUUUCACCCUCAAUUCCACCAAAACCCCCAGAUAAUUACUUAAACAACUCUACUCCAAACAAUUCAAGGACUAAAUCCUCAUUCAAGGACAUGCUUGUUGCCUCUGAUCCAAUGAGUUUUGCCCAAAACCUAGCACUGUCAGGCAUGGAUCUAACAAACAUAGCCAUAGAAGAGGAAUCGUCCAUGCAAUUAUCAAACAGUACUGCACGAGGCAUCAAACAAAUUGCUUUAACGGAAGAUGAUAGGCAGCGUAUUUAUGAGCCUUGGAAAUGUUCAAUCAUUAUUAAGUUAGUUGGAAAAAGAAUGUUUCACCAAUAUUUAAACAAGAAAAUCCAAGAACUUUGGCACCAAACAGAAGAUCUUUCCCUUAUUGAUCUUGGAGAAGAUUACUACAUUAUAAAAUUUCGUAAAAAGAAAAAUAUGGAAAAGGCUAUCAACCAAGGACCUUGGUUCAUCAAUGGACAUUUCCUCUCAAUAAUUAAAUGGAGACCAAACUUUAUGGCUACAAAGGAAAGAUUAACAACCUCAGCUGUAUGGAUUAGACUGCCCCAUCUUCCAACGGAAUUUUAUGAUUCAAAAAUUUUAGAAAAAAUUGGAAACGCCAUUGGACGAUUACUAAAAAUCGAUGUCUGUACAUCAACCACUUUAAGAGGUCGUUAUGCAAGAAUUUGUGUAGAAAUCCCAUUGGAUAUUCCUGUACAACCCUUUCUUUACAUUGGACUACACAAACAAUACAUUUACUAUGAAGGGAAAGAUUACUUAUGCAAAAAAUGUGGUAGAUUUGGUCAUACAAUGGAUCAUUGUAGCUAUAUUCUAAAAACACCGGAAAAUACAAAUUCAGCUGAUGACCAACCUACUCAACCAAUGAAGAACAUGGAGGAAGGAUGGAAAACAGUUUCUUUUAGCAAAGGAAGGAAGCAUAUGGCAAAAAGUUCAAGACCAAUUCUUACAAAUCCAAUCAAUCAUCCCAAAAGUCAAGGUAUCUCGAUAAAUCUCUUCAAUGCCAAUACUGGGAAAACCAUUUUUCCAUCUACAAGAAGAGCAAAUGGUUUUGGAGGAUACCAUUGA